CUAACCGUGCCAUCGAGUGGAAGUGGAUUAGUGCCCGAGACGUGAUCGCAAAGUGAUAGAAACUGAACUGAGUUGAAUUGAGUUGAAAAAUACUGAGAAAUAUCGAGCCGAAUCGAACAGCAGAGAAUUGAAUUGAUUUUAAGGCACAUCACGUAUACGCCCUGCUGCCCACCUUGAACAUGUCGCUGAGGAAGAGCUUCCUGGGAUGCCUGCUGGUGGCCACCGCACUGAUAAUGCUACACCAUGUCCAAGCCGAUGUAGAGACAAACGAAGUGGAUAGCGGAGAAACGUACAUGCUCCAAGGCGUAAAGGUGUAUCCCAAUGAUCGACAGUGUGUCCUGGUCGGCGGAUUGUGCGUCCAAAGCGAGGACUGCCUAGAGCCCACCACAAACCGGGGCCUGUGCCCCUCCAGUGCCGGUCAUGGUGUGGAAUGCUGUUAUGAACUGCCGGUGAGACCAGCGCCCUGUGCCCAGCACUUGGGACAAUGCAUGGACAAGUGCCACCUGAGGCUCCAUCGACCCGGUAAUGACUGCGAGAAUGGCCAAGUCUGCUGUGUCCUGAUCUAGUUAUACUUACGCAUAUUUAGAAGCAACACAAACACCACACUUAGACACAAAACAUGCACAGGAAAAAAAUCAUCUAGUUGGGGCUGAGAAUGUAAGCAAAGCUUUAUGAUAUUUCAAAUAGUUAUGAUAAAUGAACCCAAUUUUAAUAUAUUAAAUUCAAGAAAGCUUAAUUGGACAGAAUUUUUUUUUCCAAAGAGUAGAGGAUAUUUUUUUAAUAAAAUAAUUUUAUAAUCGAGACUUACUAAUAUAAAUUCUGGCAAAUUAACUUUGAAUUAUGUUUUAAAAGUCCAAUAUAAAUUCUUGGUAUUUAAAUUAGAAUGAUAUUUUUUUUUGUGCAGACACCAACAUAACACAACACAACAAAACACACACACACCGUACAUAAACAUGUAUUUAUUUAACUAUAUGUAUAUUAAUUAUAUUGUACGAAUACUUUUGUAUGGCAACUUAGGAGUCCCCCUCAUAACCACACACAACAUCCAUCCUCCCCCCAAAACAGCGUAAAAUAUUUGACUGCUUCCAAUAAUGCAUUGUAAAUAUUUUCAAAAACAAUUCUCUCUGCUCUUAUGUAAGUAUGAGUAUGGAUCAGCUGACCAUUAAUGGAAGUCUGAUCCUCUCUCUGAUUAUCGUUAUCAGUGGGGAGUUGUGCCGUCACGUGCCCCUCUAAGUACAGUUCUGUGACCAGAAGGAGAAGAAGAAUCGAGAAUAACAAUAAAAAAUUCAAAUUGGAUGCGGAAUCGGGAAGGUAUAUAUAUAGACGAUGAUGAGGCAGCCCAAAUCAUGAGAUGAAAACAAAGCUUAUCGCGGCUCUCUCCCUUGAAUCCCCAUUCAAUGUCAAGUUCAGAUCCCCACAAAAAAUUCAAUUCGUUCUUUGGACUGCCUCUCUAAUUUUGUAUUUAUAUUAUUUUUCUCAACUAUAUUGAGCGAUGAGUUCCAAAAACAGUUCCAAACGAAAAUAAACGACCUUGCGAACAUAUAUCUUUACGUCCAUGCGCCAUGUACUCUCUGAUAUUUCGAUAUAUACAUGUGUUUGUUUUUUGUA